GGCCGAGGGCGCCGUCAGCCCCGACGUGAUGCGGCGCCGGCGCGGGGGCCUCGUGGAGCAGCGCGACGUGGUCCGCGCCCACCAGGCGCACAAGCUGCAGAGCACCCCGCAGGCGCGCCGGCGCGAGUGGGAGAUGGCUCGCUUCGGGGAGGCGGCGGUGGUGGCCAGGCCCGGCUCGGGCUCGGGCGACUCGGACCAGAGCCGGAACCGGCCGGGGACCCCGGUGCCGGCCGCGGGUUCGGCGGCCGCCUACAAGCAGACCAAGGCGCAGCGCGCGCGGACUAUGGCCCUGUACAACCCCAUCCCGGUCCGGCAGAACUGCUUCACCGUCAACCGCUCCCUCUUCAUCCUCGCCGAGGAGAACAUCGUGCGAAAAUACGCCCGCAAGCUCACCGAUUGGCCGCCCUUCGAGUACAUGAUCCUGGCCACCAUCAUCGCCAACUGCAUCGUCCUGGCCCUGGAGCAGCAUCUCCCGGAGGACGACAAGACGCCCAUGUCCAGGAGGCUGGAGAAGACGGAGCCGUAUUUCAUCGGCAUCUUUUGCUUUGAGGCGGGCAUCAAGAUUGUGGCCCUGGGCUUCAUCUUCCACAAGGGCUCCUACCUGCGCAACGGCUGGAACGUCAUGGAUUUCAUCGUGGUCCUCAGUGGCAUCCUGGCCACGGCGGGGACCCACUUCAACACGCACGUGGAUCUGAGGACCCUGCGGGCCGUGCGGGUCUUGAGGCCCCUGAAGCUGGUGUCGGGGAUCCCCAGCCUGCAGAUCGUGCUCAAGUCCAUCAUGAAGGCCAUGGUGCCCCUGCUGCAGAUCGGCCUCCUCCUCUUCUUCGCCAUCCUCAUGUUCGCCAUCAUCGGCCUGGAGUUCUACAGUGGCAAGCUGCACCGCGCCUGCUUCACCAACACUUCCGGGAUCCUGGAGGGGUUCGACCCCCCUCACCCCUGCGGCGUGCAGGGCUGCCCUGCGGGCUACGAGUGCCGCGACUGGAUCGGGCCCAACGACGGCAUCACGCAGUUCGACAACAUCCUGUUCGCGGUGCUCACCGUGUUCCAGUGCAUCACCAUGGAGGGCUGGACCACCGUGCUCUACAACGUGAACCAACGAUGCUUGGGCGCCACGUGGAACUGGCUGUACUUCAUCCCCCUCAUCAUCAUCGGCUCCUUCUUCGUGCUCAACCUCGUCCUGGGGGUGCUGUCUGGGGAGUUCGCCAAGGAGAGAGAGCGUGUGGAGAACCGGAGGGCCUUCAUGAAGCUGCGGCGUCAGCAGCAGAUCGAGCGGGAACUCAACGGCUACCGGGCGUGGAUUGACAGGGCAGAGGAAGUCAUGCUGGCUGAGGAGAACAAGAACUCGGGGACUUCGGCCUUGGAAGUGCUCCGCAGGGCCACCAUCAAGAGGAGUCGGACAGAGGCCAUGACCCGAGACGCCAGUGAUGAGCACUGCGUGGACAUCUCCUCUGUGGGCACGCCCCUGGCCCGCGGCAGCAUCAAGGGCGCCAAGGUGGACGGCGCCUCGUACCUGCGCCACAAGGAGCGGCGCCUGCGCAUCUCCAUCCGCCACACCGUCAAGUCCCAGGCCUUCUACUGGACCGUGCUGGGCCUGGUGGCGCUCAACACCGCCUGCGUGGCCAUCGUCCACCACAACCAGCCGCAGUGGCUCACGCACCUGCUCUACUACGCCGAGUUCCUGUUCCUGGGCCUCUUCCUCCUGGAGAUGAGCCUGAAGAUGUACGGGCUGGGGCCGCGCCUCUACUUCCACUCGUCCUUCAACUGCUUCGACUUCGGGGUCACCGUGGGCAGCAUCUUCGAGGUGGUCUGGGCCAUCUUCCGCCCUGGCACGUCCUUUGGCAUCAGUGUCCUGCGUGCCCUGCGGCUUCUUCGGAUCUUCAAGAUCACCAAGUACUGGGCAUCCCUGCGGAACCUGGUGGUGUCUUUGAUGAGCUCCAUGAAGUCCAUCAUCAGCCUCCUCUUCCUCCUCUUCCUCUUCAUCGUGGUCUUCGCCCUCCUGGGGAUGCAGCUGUUCGGGGGCAGGUUCAACUUCAACGAUGGGACGCCGUCGGCAAACUUUGACACCUUCCCUGCAGCCAUCAUGACCGUGUUCCAGAUCCUGACGGGUGAAGACUGGAACGAGGUGAUGUACAAUGGCAUCCGUUCCCAGGGUGGCGUCAGCUCGGGCAUGUGGGCCGCCGUCUACUUCAUCAUCCUCACCCUCUUUGGCAACUACACGCUGCUGAACGUGUUCUUGGCCAUCGCUGUGGACAAUCUGGCUAAUGCCCAGGAGCUGACCAAGGACGAGCAGGAGGAGGAGGAGGCCUUCAACCAGAAGCACAUGCUCCAGAAGGCCAAGGAAGUCAGCCCCAUGUCCGCGCCCAACAUGCUGGCCAUCGAGAGGGAGCGUCGUCGCCGGCACCACAUGUCCGUGUGGGAGCAACGCACCAGCCAGCUGCGCCGACACAUGCAGAUGUCCAGCCAGGAGGCCCUGAACAAGGACGACGGGCCCCCCCUGAACCCCCUGAACCCGCUGAACCCGCUCAGCCCCCUGAACCCGCUCAACGCCCACCCCAGCCUGUACCGCAGGCCCCGGGCCGGCGAGGGCCUGGGCCGCUGCGAGGAGGAGCGCGUGGGCCGCGGGGGGUCCCUCAAGGUGGGCUUCGGGGACCGGCCGCACAGCCCGCUGGCCCCGGGCCGGCGGGAGCCGCCCUGGCCGGCCCGGCCGUGCCUCGGGAACUGCGAGGCGGCGCCCGCCGAGGCCGGGGCCGGGGGCGGGGGCGGCGCGGAGCCCCCCGCGGCCUUCGAGGACCGGGCGCGGCACCGCCAGAGCCAGCGGCGCAGCCGGCACCACCGCCGCGUGCGGCUCGAGGGCCGCGACCCCGCGUCCAGCUCCCGCAGCCGCUCGGCCAGCCAGGAGCGCGGCCUGGACGAGGCGGACCCCCCGGCCGACGGGGAGCCCCUGGGCGGCAAGCAGCCCCCGAUCCAGGAGGAGGAGCGAGGCCCGGACCUGCGGCGGACCAACAGCCUGAUGGUGGCCGGCAGCGCCGGGCUGGGCCGGGCCCUGGAGGACGCGGAGAACCCGCUGCUGCCGCCUCCGGCCGAGCUGGAGGCCGGCAGGGAGGCGGAGCCCGAGGCGGAGGGCAGCAGCGAGCAGGCCCUGCUGGCCGACGUGCAGCUGGACAUCGGCCGUGGCAUCAGCCACAGCGAGCCCGAUCUGUCGUGCGCCACCAGCCCCACGGACAAGGCCGGCACCGAGAGCACCAGCGUCGCUGUGGCCAUCCCCGACGUGGGCCCCUUGGUGGAGUCCACCGUGGUGCACAUGAGCAACAAGACGGACGGGGAGGCCAGUCCCCUGAAGGAGGCCGAGAUCCCGGAGGAGGACGAGGACGAGGAUGAGGAGGGGGCGGAGAAGAAGAAGAAGAAAAAGAAAAAGAAAGAGAAGCGAGAGACGGGCAAGGCCAUGGUGCCUCACAGCUCCAUGUUCAUCUUCAGCACGACCAACCCAAUCCGCCGGGCCUGCCACUAUAUCGUCAACCUGCGCUACUUCGAGAUGUGUAUCCUCCUGGUCAUCGCGGCCAGCAGCAUCGCCCUGGCCGCAGAGGACCCCGUCCUCACCAACUCGGAACGCAACAGGGUCCUGCGGUAUUUCGACUACGUCUUCACCGGCGUGUUCACCUUUGAGAUGGUCAUUAAGAUGAUCGACCAGGGCCUGAUUCUGCAGGAUGGCUCUUACUUCCGGGACCUGUGGAACAUUCUGGACUUCGUGGUGGUGGUUGGCGCCUUGGUGGCCUUCGCGUUGGCGAGCGCUCUGGGCACCAACAAGGCCCGUGACAUCAAGACCAUCAAGUCCCUUCGGGUGCUCCGGGUGCUGCGGCCGCUCAAGACCAUCAAGCGGCUGCCCAAGCUCAAGGCGGUGUUCGACUGCGUGGUCACGUCCCUGAAGAACGUCUUCAACAUCCUCAUCGUCUACAAGCUCUUCAUGUUCAUCUUCGCCGUCAUCGCCGUGCAGCUGUUCAAGGGCAAGUUCUUCUACUGCACAGACAGCUCCAAGGACACGGAGAAGGAGUGCAUAGGGAACUACGUGGACCACGAGAAGAACAAGAUGGAGGUGAAGGGCCGCGAGUGGAAGCGACAUGACUUCCACUACGACAACAUCGUCUGGGCGCUGCUGACGCUCUUCACCGUGUCCACGGGGGAGGGCUGGCCACAGGUCCUCCAGCACUCGGUGGACGUCACGGAGGAGGACCGCGGGCCGAGCCGCAGCAACCGCAUGGAGAUGUCCAUCUUCUACGUCGUCUACUUCGUCGUCUUCCCCUUCUUCUUCGUCAACAUCUUCGUGGCCCUCAUCAUCAUCACCUUCCAGGAGCAGGGGGACAAGAUGAUGGAGGAGUGCAGCUUGGAGAAGAACGAGCGGGCCUGCAUCGACUUCGCCAUCAGCGCCAAGCCGCUCACCCGCCACAUGCCGCAGAACCGCCACACCUUCCAGUACCGCGUGUGGCAGUUCGUGGUGUCGCCGUCCUUCGAGUACACGAUCAUGGCCAUGAUCGCCCUCAACACGGUCGUGCUCAUGAUGAAGUACUACUCGGCCCCCUGCACCUACGAGCUGGCCCUCAAGUACCUGAACAUCGCCUUCACCAUGGUCUUCUCCCUGGAGUGCGUCCUCAAGGUCAUCGCCUUCGGCUUCUUGAACUAUUUCCGCGACACCUGGAACAUCUUCGACUUCAUCACGGUCGUCGGCAGCAUCACGGAGAUCGUCCUCACCGACAGCAAGCUGGUGAACACGAGCGGCUUCAACAUGAGCUUCCUGAAGCUCUUCCGGGCUGCGCGGCUCAUCAAACUUCUGCGCCAAGGCUACACCAUCCGCAUCCUGCUCUGGACCUUCGUGCAGUCCUUCAAGGCCCUGCCCUAUGUCUGCCUCCUCAUCGCCAUGCUCUUCUUCAUCUACGCCAUCAUCGGCAUGCAGGUUUUCGGGAACAUCAAACUGGACGAGGAAAGUCACAUCAACCGCCACAACAACUUCCGGAGUUUCUUCGGGUCCCUCAUGCUGCUGUUCAGGAGCGCCACGGGCGAGGCGUGGCAGGAGAUCAUGCUGUCGUGCCUGGGUGAGAAGGGCUGUGAGCCGGACACCAGCGCCCCUGCGGGACCCCCAGGCCAGGAGCGCUGCGGCACCGACCUGGCCUAUGUCUACUUCGUGUCCUUCAUCUUCUUCUGCUCCUUCCUGAUGCUCAACCUGUUUGUGGCCGUCAUCAUGGACAACUUCGAGUACCUGACACGGGACUCGUCCAUCCUGGGGCCACACCACCUGGAUGAGUUCGUCCGCGUCUGGGCCGAGUAUGACCGAGCUGCCUGCGGCAGGAUCCCCUACAAGGACAUGUACCGGGUCGUGCGGGUCAUCUCGCCGCCGCUGGGCCUGGGAGAGAACUGCCCACACAGGGUGGCCUGCAAGAGGCUGGUGCUCAUGAACAUGCCCGUGGCCGAGGACAUGACGGUACACUUCACGUCCACACUCAUGGCGCUCAUCCGCACCGCGCUGGACAUCAAGAUCGCCAAAGGCGGCGCUGACCGGCAGCAGCUGGACUCGGAACUGCAGAAGGAGACGCUGGCCAUCUGGCCCAACCUGUCCCAGAAGAUGCUGGACCUCCUGGUACCCAUGCCAAAAGCGUCCGACCUGACCGUGGGCAAGAUCUACGCGGCUAUGAUGAUCAUGGAUUACUACAAGCAGAGCAAGGUCAAGAAGCGGCAGCUGGAGCUGGAGGAGCAGAAAAACGCGCCCAUGUUCCAGCGCAUGGAGCCGUCGUCGCUGCCCCAGGACAUCGUGGCCAACGCCCGCACCCUCCCCUACCUGCAGCAGGAACCGGGGCCCGGCCUGAGCGGCUACGUGUCCGCCAGCCCCCUGUCGCCGCAGGAGCUGUUCCAGCUGGCCUGCAUGGAGCCGGCCGACGACGGGCAGCUGCGGGAGGAGGACGCUCUGGUGCUGGACUCCAGCCCGAUGCGCCGCUCCUUCUCCACCAUCCGCGACAAGCGCUCGGGCGCGUCCUGGCUGGAGGAGUUUUCCAUGGAGCGCAGCAGCGAGAACACCUACAAGUCCCGGCGUCGCAGCUACCACGCGUCCCUGCGGCUCUCGGCGCAGCGGCUGCACGCGGACACGGGCCACAAGUCCGAGAGCCACCGCGCUGGCCGGGAGCGUGGCCGCUCCAAGGAGCGCCGGCACCUGCUGUCCCCCGACGUGUCCCGCUGUAACUCGGAGGAGCGCGCCCAGCCCGACGAGGACUCGCCCGAGCACCGGCCUUCGCGAUCACCCAGCGAGGGCAGGGAGGCCACCCCUAGCCGUCAGGGCACCGGCUCCCUCAGCGAAAGCUCCAUCCCUUCCGUGUCGGACACCAGCACCCCAAGACGCGGCGGCAGCCGGCGGCAGCUGCCCCCGGUGCCCCCCAAGCCGCGGCCGCUCCUCUCCUACAGUUCGGUGCAGGGCAGCCGGGAGGGCUCCCCGCAGGCGGCGGCGGUGGCCGGCGCGCCCGCCUCGCCGCAGCGCUACAUCUCGGAGCCGUACCUGGCGGGCCAGGAGGACACGCAGGCCUCGGACUGCGGCGAGGAGGAGACGCUGACCUUCGAGGCGGCCGUGGCCACCAGCCUGGGCCGCGCCAACACCAUCGGCUCGGCGCCGCCGUUGCGCCACGGCUGGCAAAUGCCGAACGGCCACUACCGCCGGCGGCGGCGUGGGGGUCCCGGGCCGGCCGGGGACGCGCUGAGCGACACGGAGGAGGACGACCGAUGCUAAGAGCCGCGCGCCCUGCCCCCUGC